CAUGUGUUUUCUCGUAAACUCCAGUUCGUCGAAGAAGUUAAUGAGUCGUUGCAGGAGGAAACGUAUUCGCAUGAGGCGGGCCGGCGGGCAGGCGCAGCGGCGGCCUCCGAGCUGCCUCGCGGUGGCGGCCAAACGCGGGAGAGACGAGCGCGGCGACGCGAGCGCAGGAUGGGCGGCGACGCGAGCGCGGGAUUUGGGUGCCGUCCCGCCCGGGGAGGAGGUGGAAAACGGAGAUUCCUUCGUGUGCCCUUGGAUACAUCUUGGACGGUCCCAGAUCGGCCGCCAAUCGGCAAUUCACCGAAUCUGGAUCCCUUCCAGCCAUUCCCCAAACCCUACUCUCCGAUGUCCUCGCUGCCGCCGCCGGCUCCAUCCAUGGCUGAGGCAGAGGUCGAGGCCCGUGACUGGGCGGAGAUGCCGUCGGACGCGCUCGCCGCCGUUUUCGGGAAGCUGGAGGUGGCCGAGAUCCUGACCGGGGCCGGGCUGGUGUGCCGCGCGUGGCACCGGCUCGCCGCCACGGAUCCCACGCUGUGGCGCCGUGUGGACAUGUGCCACCAGGGAGACCUCCUGGAGACUGAGGAGGCCGAGGCCAUGGCGCGCGCCGCCGUCGACCGCGCCGCGGGCACCAUGGAAGCGUUCUGGGCCGACACCUUCGUCACCGACGACCUCCUCCGAUACAUCUCUCGGAGGGCCCCCUCAUUGAAGAGCCUCCAUCUCAGCUUGUGCCAUCACGUCUCUAAUGAAGGUUUUGCAGAGGCAAUUAGUUCUUUACCUCAGCUCGAGGAGCUUUAUGUUACAUUUUGCACAUUGCAUGGCAACGUUUGUGAUACUAUUGGCAGAGCCUGCCCACACCUUAAACGCUUCAGUUUGAAUGAACGCUGGUCUAUUCUUCAAAGUGAGUUUGCACCCUAUGAGGGCAUGGAUGAUGACACCGAAGCAUUAGGAAUUGCUAGCACCAUGCCUGGGCUCCAAGAACUACAGUUGAUUGGUAACAACCUGACCAAUGAUGGACUCAUGGCAAUUCUUGACCGUUGCCGGCACCUUGAAUCCCUUGACAUACGCCAGUGCUACAACAUCCAAAUGGACGAUGUGAUGAAAUUGAAAUGUGCUAGGAUACGAGAUCUGAAGCUUCCUCAUGACUCCAUCUCUGACUUCAAGUACCGCGCUUACAUUGUCAGCAGCAUAGCUAACUCUGGCUCUGAUUUCGAGGUUGAUAUGUAUGAUGAUCUGCUGGAUGUGGUAACUGAAGAUGGUGAAGCUGAUUUUGAUGAUUUCGACGAUGCAGGCUCAGAUGGAGGUAUGUAUGAUGACGAAUUUGAUAUCUGAAAGAAAUUCAUCAGAAUGGCGUUUUGGUUUCCCAUGUGAAAUGUUGAGAGCUGGAUUUGGUUUGGCAUUCCCUUGUCUUGAGAUUCUGGUAGCGAGGUUGUAAUAAACAGCGCAGUACUGUUAUUUGUGUCAUAUGAUCACCUGAUGUCUAGACUUGUUCUCAUCUUUAUUGCUGUGCCCCGGUUGCCACACGCACUACUAUAUUGGGUGCUAUCUGUAUUAUGUGUUAUGGCUACGUUUGUAAUUUGUGCUUUGAACUUGGACUGUGACAAAGUAAUAUCUUUGCAAAUGGCGUAACUAAAAUUCUCGCCGAUGAAUUAAGCUUCUUGA